CCGAGUGUGUCCGCCCGCGCCGCCUGACCACGAUCACGAAAAUGAAGCUGUAUUGGUACUGCUUCGCUGCAGUGCUAGUUACAAUCACUCAUGCGGCCGUGGACGUCGAGAAAACAGUGCAACAAGUACAAAGUAUACUUAAAGCUAACACAUUACUACCAAGACUAUCGAGGGAAGAAAUAAUACAACUCCUCAAUGAUAUCAAAGCUGAGGAUGCCAAAUCAUCUGCAUCAAGAGAGAAGUCAAGUGAAGUAACUACAACUACAUUUAAGAGUACCGAAGAAAAUGAAGUUCUUUCAAUAUCAGAAGAACAUUCCAAAGAUAAAGACAAUAAGAUUCAAAGAGAAGUAAUAAGAGAAGUUGACGAUCUUGCAGCAGCUUCCGGAAAAGAUAAUCUUGUAGAAAGUACAACGAAAUCUACCGGACAAACUUUAACCGUAGUACUCCCAUAUACUCCACGAGAUGGUUCUUCUUUACAAGAAUUGUACACUAGGCCACCCCGUCUAGAAAUAGUCACAGAAAAAGUUACCCCGAAACCAAAGAAAUCUGUUAAAUCCAACAAAAAUAUUCAAGACAUAUUAACAACUAAUUCUAAGAUUGCGAAUAACCAGAAAUUAGAUUUUCCAGCCGAGCUUCAAGCAUUUUUAGAUAGUCAUGGAUUAAAAGGCGAUCAAGGAAAAGAUCAUUUUCUACUACCUCUCGAUGGAUUUAAGCCUUUGCCACCUGGUAAAGUCGUAGAUGGAACAGUUCAGUUGCCAGAAAACAUUUUACUGACUUAUGACCUACUGUCACCAUCAGACUUGGCAUCGAGUAGUGAUCGACUAGCAGCACAUUCAAAUGCUAAUUACCUGUACGAACCAUUACGUCCAGAAUUGCCUUUUGAAUUGGACACUUCGGCUUCAGAAAAUAAAGACGUCAGUCUUCCAUACGAUAUGCCAAAACCCCGUAAAACGAAAUCUGCUAAAAACUAUGAGCCCAUAGAUUAUGAUUCAGUUAAGGUUAUUCCUUUAAAUCAAGGUCCCAGUCUUGUUGCUGAUGAGAGCAAGAUUAGCGAGCAAAGUAAGAGACAAACAAAUGAAGCCAAUGUUACUGAUGACACUGCCGCAAACGAAACUACGACGAUAUUCGUACCUACCGUAAAUACUGAGGGUGAAUCAAGAGAUGAAACGACUACAGCAGCAACUACCUCGAGUGCUGCUCCUGCAGCCGACAGUCUACCUGCUGACUCCGAUUCUGGCGCAUCCAUUGCGGAUCUAGAAGAUUCCUUCGGAGGAGCAGCACCCGAGAUGCCAGGAGAUUCGAUGCUGCCCCCGCCAAAGAAGAACGGCUUCUAUUGGAUGGUGGAUUGGAACAGCUUCCUGGAAGUCGGAGACGGUGAUACUAAAGUGAACAUUAGAUUCGAACCUAAACUAGGAGAUCCACAGAUGUUUUUACCUGUUAAUGUUCCGUAAUUUAAGAUUGAUUUAGGCGAGUAGUUCUAGUCUUAGGGGAUUAUUUAAUGGUGUAAAUAAAUUAGG